CCACGAGCGAGAAAGGUGUAAUGUGUAAGUGUGAUUUCAUGUGUAACGUGUAAGCGUCGUCUGAGGGAUCCUUGGUGGAGCGCAUUUAGUGUCUCUAGCUCUACUUGUGAGUGCUUAUACUUCAUCAUUCAAGAGACGCUUGUUGCUCUUCCAUUUUGCAAAUGCGUCUAGGUGGUUGUCCACGAGGAUACCGGCUGAUAGUGAUUGGUGCACCAACAAGAAAUAAACUGAGUAGGCAACACCAAGUGGGUAACAAUUCUUAGAAAUAUUAGCAAAACCAGUGGUAUGAUAAUAAUUUUUGUCAGUAAAAGUGGUAUAGUUGUCAGUAAAUACAGUAAUUACUUCAGAAGUACUUCAGAACUCUAGACUUAGAAACAACCCGCUGAGUCGUGCUGGCAGAGAGCCCGCCACGUCCGUAUGCGUGAACAAGCUCAAAACCAGAAGCGGCGACAUUGACGUCACCUUUGUCGCUGUCAAAAACCUGCUGUCGGUUUUUAGUAGUUCUACUAGAAGAUCGUAACGGAGACGAGCGGAAAGCAGUGAUCUCUGCAUUAAUCACCUUCUCUUUGGCGCUGCAGCACUGGUUACUUAGAAGUUACUUAGGAUUACAGCUUCAACGAGCAAUUCAGCUGUAAGAGCUUCGGCGUUAUUGGUCAUAGUGCAACUCCUUCUGCGGUAAAACUCAGGAAGAAUUUUUGUUCGGCUGCUGCGAAACAUCCUCUUCUUCUACUACUUCUCCUGACAUCAAGUUGUUGGCUUCUACUCCGUAACAGGAGCAGCUUUUAUUAAGGCUCAACUUUCAAUGGUCACCAUUUAGAUUGGAGUCACCAUUUAGAUUGGAAGAGGCGACCCCUUGAGAGAACAGGGGAAAACGAAGGGAAAGGGGAGAGCUUUGAAGGGGGUCCCUUCCGUUAAGAGUCAGUGGCCACUGAGUGCUGAGCUUUAAUUUUAGAAACAAGACAACAAGAUGCAUCGUUUCGACACUUUUUCGAAACCUCUCCAGGAGUUCCAGGUCAAGACCAAGACAGGAGGAUACCUGUCAAUAUGUGCAGGAUGCAUGAUCGUCUACCUGUUGCUCAGCGAGGUGAUCUUCUUCCUCGAACUAGAGCAGAAGGACGAAAUGGUCAUAGACCUCAACCAGGACACCAAGACGUUCAAAAUGCACUUGGAUUUGUGGGUAUAAGAAUUUGGACUUUGUGGAAUAUUUUAUUGCACUCUAGAUCAGAAGAACCGGACUUUUCUUGCACCACCGCCUUGCUAGGCACAUUCAUUCUUCUUCAUUCACUGAUCAACCGAAAGAAGAGAACGUGUACGAUAUGUGACCAGGGACUGACCUUCAUACCGAGUACAGAUGAAUCAUUUUCCUCAUCAUGUUCAUGGCUAGUAGUAGUAGUAGUGUACCCAUUCUAGAGGUAUUUGCCCUUUUAAUUAGGUAGCACAUCUUCCUGAUAACCUCAAAACGAAGUAGCUACCCACUCUUACCACUUCAUGGCUGAUAACCUCUCUCAUCACACUCUUACUCCAGCUCCCUGAGCUUCCUUGCAGCGUGGUCGCUUUGAACUUGGUCCAUGUGAAGAACCAAGACAACGUAAUGCAUGUCGGUCACACAAUUAUCAAGCAGCGAUGGGGAAAGGAAACCAAGGAGGAGGAAUACCAGGAACUGGGCAAGGGAAUCCGCGCUUCGCUCCAUCGAAUAUCAGCCUCAUCAGGCGAAUUCAGCGACAAUCUCCAGCGAAACCUUGGCAAUGCAGCACUGGAGGGUCUAGCGCACUCGACAAGGAAACAGAGAUGCCACAGUUGCUACGGUGCGAUGAGCGAUGAGGUAUCCCUCUUUUGGAACAAUGAUCUUACCGAACAAUACUAUGGAUUCGAUUUCAGUACGGAAAAACAUGAACAUCUGUUUAAACUUCUACCUGAAUUUUUCGUUCACACACUUCUCACCCUCGUCACCCUUCAACCAUCCACCUUCAACCAUCCACCUUCAACCAUCCACCUUCAACCAUCCACCUUCAACCAUCCACCUUCAACCAUCCACCUUCAACCAUCCACCUUCAACCACUCAGGAUGAUUGCUGCAACACGUGUGAGUCUGUGAAGGCGGCUUUCAAAAAGCAAGGAUGGAAGUUGCCGCCAGAUCACAUUGUUGAACAGUGCCAGUCUGAGGUGUUCGAAUCCCAUCCACCGCAGGCUUAUGAAGGUUCUUGAUAGUUUAUUGUGAGUUAGAUGAUCAUUGGAUAUCACAAUUCUUGUAAUUUUUUUAUCUAUUGCAUGCUCUUAGAUUUCUUGAUAAUUUAUUGCAUACUGUUAUUGUGAGAUUGGAUUUCCCGGCUCUUCUCGCUCGCUUACCCGUUAUUGUGAGAUUGGAUAUACUCGAAAACUGAAAAUAACCGAGUUACUGACUGAAAUACGGGAGGUAGCUUUGACAGGGCUACUCUUCCUUAUUCAGUAUCUCGCCUAUUUCCAGUAGUCACUCGCUUAUUUCUUCAGUUUUUCGAAUAGACGAUUCUUGUAAUUUAGAUUUCAUCUCCAUCCACCUCACAAACCAUCCCUUUUGCUACGAAGUUACUUAGACAACAGACAGACAGCAGAAUCUUUUCCUAGUAAUUUACUUAGACAGCAGAAUGAAAUCGAAUCCUUCACGUCUUCUCUCUUCCCACCAUCCACAGGUUGCAAGCUCACUUCUCGAAGUGUCGCGCGAAAGGUUCCGGCUUACCUGCAGAUUGGUUUGGCUUAUGAUUUUGAUAAGCAAUAUCUGCAUGCCAACUUUAUCGAGAAGGCGCAGAGGGGCUAUGUUUCUUUUACGCACGUGAUCGAUCGUCUCCUCUUUGGCGCGAAUUUUCCAGGAUUCAUUCCGGUACUGGACGGCAUCGAGCAACAGCAUGAACAUGGUAUAUAUUUAUAAGUAAGUUAACUAUAGAUGUUCUUUCUACGCUUACAGUUUACCUACUUAUCGGUGUCGUAGCUCUUCUUAGAAGGUACUACUUCACUGAACGGCCUCAUACAUAGAUACACAAUGCUAUACAGGAGGCGCCAUGACAUGACAUGACAUGACUUAGUUAUUAGUAGAUAAGUAUUUGCUUGACAUUGACUUUUCUUCUCUCGGUUUUUGUUUUUCUACUUAGGUUUGCACCACCAACAUUGUAGAUGUUUCUACGAGAAGAUGAUGCCACUUACUUGAUGGUACCUACUUAUGAUUUUUUUUAUAUUGAUGAUCAAGAAGAAAAAGAUUGGGAUUGGGGCAGCUCAUCUCGGUGUCGUGGAUAAGAGCACAUCACAAAUAACUAGUACUACAGUGAGUUGUUCUUGAUUGACAGACUUAAUUGACUCUUUCACCUACAACACCUACUCAGUGCCGCUGAUCGAAAGCUGGAGCGAGGAGAAGCUUGAGUCCCAGAGUGAGCACUGGCAGUACGACUUGCAUCUCAUUCCGACCGAUUUUAUCACCCCAUUCGGCCAAGUAAUCGAGAGUCACCAAUACUCGGCUACGCAGUACUUAAUAUAGACUUUUUUUUGCACAAUAGAUAAAACCUAUUUCUGUAACUGAAAAUAUUACGCUUCAGUAGUAAAAAAAUCAUGAAAUUGGAAAGUUUACUCCCAAUUUUCAUAAGACUUCUAAGUCCAAAUUCUUGUUUCCUUUCCGAAAAAAAGUCACCACCACAACCACCAGUUUCGUCAAAGGCCUGAACGUGGUCCAGCGACAUCGUGACUUGCCGGCUGCCGGUAUCUACUUCAAAUACGAGUUCACGGCCUUCCGCGUCAAGUGGAUUCAGAGCUACAAGAGCGUUGCCCAUUUCCUCUUAAGGCUCACAAUGCUCAUAGUACAUUUUCCUCUUUGAGGGCCAUACAUUUUCCUCUUUGAGGGUCAUACAUUUUCCUCUUUGAGGGUCAUACAUUUUCCUCUUUGAGGGUCAUACAUUUUCCUUCUUCCUGGAGGUCUGAAGCAAUGGACGCCUGCUGCCUCAGAGACUUUAUUGGAGUCCUCUCUACAUUGUAACUCCUUCGAAAUACUGGUCUUGGAAAGUCCUAGGUUCGUCGUAUUAUUUUGAGCUCUAAUCUCCACGAACAUCUGCGCUAUUCUGGGUGGCAUCUACGCCUUCUUCUCCAUGGUCGACAACGUCUUCUAUCAGGUACUUAUUACGACUCUCUAUUAAUUUAUCAAUCACUUAUUAAUUGUAGUACUUGUUGUACUACUUGUGUUAAAUAUUAAUAAGAUUUUUCUGCGUACUUCAUAUUCACAUGAUAUUAUAGCUCCGGUGAUCGCUAUUUUUCCCAUCUUUCCAGGUGAGCAAGUCGAUGAAGGGCGGAGAGAGAUCUCUGAAUCUCUAAGUCGAUGGAUUUAGUAGAAAAGCGUCGGAAUUGAUAUUCAGUAUGAUACGAGGGUAUCCAUCUCAAUUUCGAUGCUUAGGGAGGACGGGCACUCGCAGAAGGAGGAUUGCAUCUGCUGCGAGGUAAGGAAGGUGGACCCAUUAGGGGUAGUAGGUGAGUCACGACUUUUUGGUCCUGUAAAUAUGAGAGGUGAAAUUUUUUGAUCAAUGAGCAUUUUCGCACAUAGGAUAAAAACGUUCCAAGGACAUCAAUACGCUUAACAAACUGUCCGUUACUAGUGCUAGGCUUACUGCUGUUACUGCUGUUACUGACCGCUCUUACUUCUUACCUUAAAAUUAUAACCUUAUCAGACAAUCACGAAUUUUGCUGUUGCAAAAAUACAACCAAUUUUAUAUCAUGACGUUGCUUGGCAUUGGCUACAAAGAUAGAAGAGGGAUUGAAAUGGGCUAAUGAAAAAUUCAAUUGUAGUAAGUAGUUAUAGUUGUGAAAUAUUGUACAAGUAAAUAGAUUGUUGUACAAGACACAUGUAUAUAGGUAGCCGCAGGUUCUGUAAAAGAUGAUGUGGCACCAGUUGAACAGAGGAGAAUGACCUUUUUCGUAAUGACUCACUUUUCUUUGAAAAGAAUGCAUCUUCAUGGUCAGACGAUCUACUUUAAUUUUUAUGCAGCAAGUUUACAGGCGGACACGAGAAUCAAGGAGCUACGAUUAUGACCCUGAAUCUCAGCCAUGACCCUGAAUCCAGUUGUACGCUGACCGUGACUUUUUUUCUUAAUUAACUGAAACUGUGUAGAAUCUUUGUUUGAUAGUUCGUUGUUUGCUACUCACUCUAGGAAACAAACUAGCAUGGGAAAAGUUCGAAUAUUUCGAAUAUGUACCAAAAGAUUUGUGCUGACUGGCUCAGGGCAAAAGAAGACUUGGAAACCACUAACUAAUCAUUAGGGGAAAAUAGACAGCUUUCAACAACGAAAAACAACGUUUUAGAAAUGCAUGUACCAAAUUAGUGUGAACAAGUUAGUAGUGUUUAAGACCGUAUUUCUUUUUAAGUUCGCAAGCAUCAACUGUAUCAACCAAUAGGCAUACUUAGAGGUUGUUGUUCAAUAUUUGAAAAGAGAAAACUACAAGUACACUGUACUGGGCACGCAGCCGGUGCUUUUGCUUCUGUCUUUGAGGCAAGCUCUGAGGUGAAGAGCAAAAGUGAACAAAUUUGUAAAGAGGACUUCUCCUAUCCUACACCUACUUCUGAAUGUUACUUAUACGCCAUGGUAGCUAGCAUGGUAGCCCAAGAGUCUACUAUAAGGAAUCAAAGGCUGUAGGUGUAGCUAGGAGAGGCGAAAGAACAAGUAUUUCAACAUAGUCGCAUGAUUCAAAGUCAUAUGCUGGAGAUGGAGAAAAAGAUUCAAAAUCAUAGAAACAAGGGAUCGCAAUCGCCACGAGAUGUACCAAACUCAUUGUUUGUUGUAAUCAUAAAUUGAAAUUACAUGUGGCACAGCUGCUGUGACACGCGAGAGCCUAGAGGACGAGGGCAGGCGAAGUCGCCAACGGAAAUGAAAUGUGGCUACUUCGAGCGUGCUGUGGUGACGAGAGUUCAGAACUUGAACUUGAUUAAUUUUCACAAGUUCUCGU